UUGGAUAAUAUAUUUCAGCGCAAAGGGAAUUUGGUUAUUUUAUUUAUCAACCCUUUACAUUCUAUAAUCCCUACGUGACUUCGAUGAUUGGUCAUACUGAUUUCUAGCAGAAUAAUUCCGAAGGAUUGAACAGGAUUGAAAGGUUAUGUUUAUGCGGAUUGAUUUCAAGCACCAGCGAGAUGAUUUUUCCUGCCGUAGAAAGAACCGCGAUGACAUUUAUCGCUGAUAAAUUUUAUAGAUUGUGUUUUCGAACUAUAAGUAAAUCUGCUGCUGAUAGUUCUGUAUUGGCAGAAAGUGUAGCAGUGGAAGAUGAUAUGCCUAUACAAAUCCGAAAUCCUUAUACAAAGGAGAAACGUCUGUGUGUUCUGUGUAAAUUGAAUAUUGAACCGGAUUAUAAAAAUGUUAGAUUACUUUCUCAGUUUCAAAGUAGACACACAGGUAAAAUAUACGGGAGACACAUAACUGGAUUAUGCAAACACAAGCAGAAGAGGCUAGAAGAAGAAAUUUUGAAGGCACAAUCUGCAGGCUUAAUGGGUUAUUGGACUAAAGAACCAGAAUAUGUUACAGAUCCACAAUUGUUUGAUCCAAAUCGUCCAUUUAGGCCACAUAAGUAUUAGUGAUUAAUAAUAGUUGUAUAUACAUAUAUAAUAUAAAAAAAAAUAAAAGGUAAUUCUGAGACAAUUUUUUUCAAUUACCGACACUUGGACAAAU